AUGAGCUAUCCUACCGCCCUCACAACCACAAUCGAGAACUCUCGGUUGAGACUUCUUAACAAAAUCAAGGCGGGCGAGUUCCCCUUAAUGACCUUCAUGGCCAUUCCUUCCAUCCGUCAAGCCCAGAUCGUCGCUCUCACCGGAGUCGACGGAAUCAUCAUCGACUGCGAACACGGCCACAUCGGCGACGAUGCCAUGCACAACUCCGUUGCAGCAAUUUCAGCCCUCGGUGUAUCCCCCGUGAUCCGCAUCCGUGGUCCAGCCCAUGAUAUUCUUAAGCGUGCUCUCGACACCGGUGCACAUGGCAUUAUGGUACCCCAGAUCAACAACGCCGAGGAGGCCGCACAGAUCGUUGCAUCUUCCAAGUUCCCACCCCAGGGUGUCCGCGGCCAGGGCUCGGCAUUUCCUGCAAUUGGCCACGGUCUCACAACCCCCGAAUAUAUGAAGUCCGCCAACGAGACUAUCAUCACCAUGAUUCAAAUUGAGACCCGUGCCGGUGUCGAAAAUGUCGAGGCCAUUUGCGCCGUGCCCGGUGUUGACCUUGUCUUCAUUGGCCCUAAUGAUCUUGCUCAGUCUCUUCUUGGAUACACCCCUGCGCGCGGUGAUGAGCCCGAGUUCGUUGCUGCUAUUGAUAAGAUUAUCGCCGCGGCUCGCAAGGCUGGCAAGUGGGCUGGUCGCAUGGUCAACAACGGUACUGCUGCGAAGGAGGCUCGCGAGCGCUAUGAUACUGUUGCUAUUACUGGUGAUACCAAGGCUAUUCAGAACUGGUACAUGGCAGAGUUUGAUAUUGCUCGGUCUUGA